AUGAAGGACUAUUGGCUAAAGGUAUUAUACUCAUUGUUCACAUUGACGGCCAUUGGAUACUUGAAUGCCAAGAGAAAGAGCCCAAACAGUCUGUUGAGACUGCUCAAACCAGUGCCCGUAGUAAUCUUAGCAUACGUUGUGUUGUUGUGGUGCUCUGACGAUCAGCAGCAACACGGUAGCCUGACACACUUGCUCUGGCCACACAACCCAACAGCCUACUCAAUGUACAUCUCAGUUGGACUGAUCCUUUCGGCAUUUGGCGACUUCUUCCUGUUGUUCAAGCGAUACUUUGUUCAUGGCGUCAUUUUCUUCCUGGUGGCACACGUCGCCUUCAUCAUGGCAUUCACCGUGGAGACAGCCAGUCUGUCCUCAUUCUUCACGCCCACCAUCGUUCUGAUACUGAUCUCGAUCAAUGUAUUGUUCGUCAUGGUGUUUGUGCUCAAGGUGGUGCCAAUGUUCAUCAAGCAGACGCCCAACACCGUGGCCAUCGCACUAUUCUUCUAUCUGAUGGUCAUACUGACCAUGUGCUACACGGCGUCAAUACGCGCCUUUACAAAGGCAGUCGCGUUGGCUGCCGUCGAGGACACGGCGGUCGACACACAUCGAACAUUGACAAUGUACUCUCUGUGCGCAGCAGUGGGCGCCAUCGUAUUCUUUAUCAGCGAUCUCAUGAUCAUGAUACGUGCCAUGAACGAUCUUCAAAAGAACAAGGUGUCCAACUUUAGAAAGUUCCUUGGCAAUGGUGAUGUCGAUAAGAAUAGUAAUAGUAAUAGUAAUAAUAAUAAACAGCGCGCUUAUGUUGUUAUUGAUCCUUCUUCUUGA